AUGUCCUCCAACGUCGGCCUCACAACCCCGCGCGGCAGCGGCACAUCAGGCUACGUGCAGCGCAACACAGCCCUCCUGAAACCCCGCAACAACGGCUACGGCGCCCCAUACCCGCCCAUCAGCGGCGCAAACGGCAGCGGGCCCAUGGACCGACCGUUCAAGCAGCGCGUACCGGACAAGCAGAUCCUGGAGCACGACCGCAAGCGCGCGAUCGAGGUGAAGGUGAUGGAAGAGCGGGAGCGACUGGAAGAGGAGAACGAGCGGAUUGAAGAGGAGGCGGGGGAUAAGAAGAAGAAGGGGAAGGGUGGGGAUGAUGGCGAGGGGGAGAAGGAGAAGGAGAAGGUUCUCACUGAAGAGGAGAUUGAUGAGCGAUGUGAUACGCUUCGGCAGCGGUUGCUGAAGGAGCUUGAGGAGGACUUGAAGCGUGCGGAGUCGGGCUUCAAGAAGCCUUUCUCUGGCUCUGGGGCUGGGGCUGGUAGGGACAGGCGCAAUUUUAAGUCUUAUCAGGUUCAUGAGCUUGCUGAGGCGAAGAUUGAGGAGACGGAGAGGUUGCGCAAGGCUUUUGGGUUGAGGGAGGAUCGGGAGACUGGGGAGAUUUCGAGUUCUCGUGAUUAUCGGGAGAAGAGGAGGGAUUAG